AUGUCUUCUGAGACGAUGUCACGCAAAGACUCCAAGGACCCAGAAGCUGUCGAAGUCCAGGAGAUCAAUGCGAACGUGUAUCGUCCGGAGGUGGAUACUUCUGCCAUCGAUGAGAAGAAGCUCAUGAGGAGGAUCGACUGGCACGUGGUGCCAUGGCUCUCUGUCCUCUAUCUAUUGAACUUCCUUGAUCGGGGGAGUAUCGGCAACGCCAAGUUGUAUCAUAUGACGGCCGACCUCCACAUUACCGACAAGCAGUACUUGAUUGCAUUGACAGUCUUCUUCUUCCCGUACUCGUUAUUCGAGCCUCCAAGCAAUGUUGCCCUCAAGAAAUUGAGACCGUCGAUAUGGCUCUCCUUCAUCAUGUUUGUGUGGGGCAUUACUAUGACUAUGCAUGGGCUCAUUACGAACUAUGCCGGCCUUGUCGGACUGCGAUUCCUGCUCGGGCUCGCCGAAGCGGGACUUUACCCAGGAGUUGUCUUUUACAUGUCCUGCUGGUAUCGUCGUAACGAGCUAGGCACGCGUGUAGGGGUAUUCUUCUCCUCUGCGACUAUUGCAGGAGCAUUUAGUGGACUUCUCGCUGCUGCCAUCGCGAAGAUGGAUGGCGUUGGUGGCAAGCCGGGUUGGGCAUGGAUAUUCAUUCUUGAAGGCCUCUUCACCGUGCUCUGUGCUAUCGCGUCCUUCUUCAUUCUCUCGGAUUUUCCCGACACCGCGAAGUUCCUUACAGAGACCGAGCGCGUCUGGGUCAUCCGGCGGUUGCAAGCUGACAUGAAGUUCAGCGCUGGCGGAGAGUCCUUCAAGAUGAAAUACGUAUGGCAGGCUCUGUCCGACUGGACUACUUGGCUAGCAAUGGGUAUCUACAUGGGCUUCGACGGUCCAUUGUUCGCCUUCUCCCUCUUCACACCAACUAUCAUCAACCAGCUUGGAUUCCAAGCUACUGCGGCCAAUCUGCUCUCUGUCCCGGUCUAUGCGUGGGCAUGUAUCAUGACUGUCGUCGUCGGGUUCUGGGGAGAUAGAGUGAAGAGUAGGGCAUGGAUCAAUCUAGGCUUGUUCGGCAGUGGACUCAUCGGCUACAUCAUCCUCAUCUGCUCGAAGAACCCGUCAUUAUCGUACUUUGCAGUGUAUCUCGCAGCAUCCUCGAUAUACCCUACCAUACGUACGCACGCAUGGGUAGCAAGUAACGUCGAAGGUUCCUACAAGCGCAGCGCCGUGCUUGGCAUGGCCAUAGGGUGGGGCAAUUUGAACGGCGCGGUGACCUCCAAUGUCUAUCGAGCAGUCGACAAGCCGUGGUAUAGACUCGGGCACGGGAUUGUCCUCGCGUACAUCGCCAUUGGCUGGUUGUGUUCGCUAACAUAUUACUUCCACCUCAAAUAUGAGAACGCACGUCGGGAACGAGGCGAUCGCGACGAGGUCAUCGAAGGUACCGACAACAAGCAUGCCGUCGAGAGCAAUGGCCACUUUGAGAACAUCGAGGCAGCAAGGAUUGAGAAGGGAGAUAAAUGGAGUGGCUUUCGCUAUUCUCUAUGA